GUGCCUGUUUAGUUUCAAAAUGGCCGGCCAGGACUCUGACACCCAGCUGAUUCAGGCGAAGCUGGAAAAGCUUGGCUUGGACCAGACCCCGGAGGAGUUUGUGGCAGGUCUUGCUCGUCCCAUUAGGCAGCGUGUGGAGGCUCUGCAGGGGCUGCAGGCAAAGCACGAUGAGCUGGAGGCGCAGUUCCGCAAGGAGCGGGCUGAGCUGGAGGCCAAGUACGAGAAGCUUUACGCUCCUCUGUAUGUCGAGCGCUCAGAGAUCGUCCAAGGGACGAAGGAGGUUCCUGCCAAGGAGGACGAGCCUGCUGGAGAUGGAGAUGAGAACGUUAAGGGUAUCCCGGAGUUCUGGCUAACUGUCCUGCUCAAGUGCGAUGUCACCAUGGACAUGAUCAAGGACAAGGACAUGGAUGUGCUGAAGUACCUGCGCGAUAUCCAGGCCGAGAGCCUGGUGAUUGACGGCGUGUCACACGGUUUCAAGCUGCGCUUCUUCUUCGACGCCAACCCCUACUUCACCAACGAGGUCCUGGAGAAGACCUACCACAUGCUUGCGGACGACGAUGGUGUGCUGGAGCGCGCCGAGGGCACCAAGAUUGAGUGGCAGCAGGGCAAGGACGUGACCGUCAAGAUCAUGAAGAAGAAGAAGAAGGGCAAGAGCUCGGCGCCGCCGCAGGUCAAGACGGAGCGGGUGGACUCGUUCUUCAACUUCUUCGACCCACCGCAGGUUCCCGAUGGCGAUGAGGACAUUGACGAGGACACGAUGGAGGAGCUGCAGGCCAUCAUUGAGGCAGACUACGAGGUCGGCGCCACCAUCCGUGAGAAGCUGAUCCCCGAGGCCGUGUCCUGGUACACCGGGGAGGCCAUGGACGAGGACGAGCUGUUCCUGCCCGGGGAGGACGACAGCGAGGAUGAGGACUUUGAGGGCGAGGAGGGUGAGGAGGAGGGUGAGGAGAGCGAGGAGGGGGCCGCUCCCGGCGCCGGUGGAGAGGGGCAAGCGGCGGGCGGUCAGCAGCAGCAGCCGCCGGAGUGCAAGCAGCAGUAAGGGGCUCUCUCGCGGGGGCAGGGGCAGAGGAGGGGACUCUACCGCAGCAGCAGCAGCGGGGUUUGCAGGACUGAAGGUUGCUUGAAUGCAUUCUUUGCAGGCCGCCCGCGGCGGCGCUUUGAUAGUGCUUUGAUAGCUUCAUGUAGCUAGAAGGCGAUGUGCAGGGAGGAGUCGUUGUCUUGUCGGCUGUCCUGUGGAUGUCGUUGUAAAGCCGUAAUGCAGUUUGAUGCAUGGGGCACAGCCUGUACAGCCGCGCUGGGGCCGCAGGAGGGAUCCCGCUUGUUAACAGCCUGCUGCUGGUGUUUGCUUUUGCGUCUGCUGAUUCGUGGUGGGGCGCGAGGGUGAAGGCGGCAGCAGGGGCUUCUUGCUGCCCUAGUGUUGCUUGUAUGUUGUAUGUUUGGAUGCAAUCUUGUGUUACGAUUGUUUCGCUUUUACGUCUGGACAAGCAGGCUUGGAUUGCCGGAUGCUUGCUGGCUUAUGCUACAUGCAUUUGAUGUGGCCACGGGAUUGGAUAAAAGACUUGUGUUGUGGAAAAUCUUUUGCUCAACAAACGCUGACCUUUUGACUCAAUGUCUGCUGGUUUGAUUCCACAAUACGGGUAGUGUUGGGUUAGAAAGACUUAUAGGGGAAUUUUUACUUGGUACUAGAAGAGGUGGUAGGGCAGUGCAUGCAGAAAGCAGUAUUGUGACAUGGUAUAUGGCAUUUUACCGUUUCAUGACCUCGAUGUUGACAAUGGCCCAGGGAAAUAUCUAUACCGAGCAGCACAUGGGUAAUGCUAAGUUUUAAAUCCUCGGCGACGGGCCCUUUGCCGUACUGUCGCGUUGCGGCUCCUCUACUGU